AUGAAGUUCAAUCUCCUUCUCUUGUUAGCGCCGCUGGCAGCGGCUGCUCCCACCCUCGAAACUCGGCAGGCUUCCGAGAGCGUGGACCAGCUGUUCAAGGCGAAGGGCAAAGAGUACUUCGGCGUGUGCACCGACCAGGGUCGGCUGCAGCAGGGCAGGAACGCGGCGAUCAUCGAGGCCAACUUCGGGCAGGUGACGCCGGAGAACAGCAUGAAGUGGGAGUCGCUGCAGCCGCGCCAGGGCCAGUACAAUUGGGGCCAGGCCGAUUACCUGGUCAACUGGGCGACCGCGCGCAACAAGACUAUCCGCGGGCAUACCUUCGUCUGGCACUCGCAGCUUGCUGGAUGGGUUAAUAAUGUGCGCGACCGGAACCAGCUUACUAGGGUCAUUCAGGACCAUAUAACCACGGUCAUGACCCGGUAUAAGGGCAAGAUCUACCACUGGGACGUCAUCAACGAGAUGUUCAACGAGGAUGGCUCCAUCCGCAGCUCCGUUUUCUCGCAGGUCCUCGGCGAAGAGUUCGUCGGCAUUGCCUUCCGCGCCGCGCGCGCCGCCGACCCCAGCGCGAAGCUGUACAUUAACGAUUACAACCUAGACAACCCGACCUACGCCAAGAUCACCCGUGGCAUGGUCCCCAACGUGCAGAGAUGGAUCCAGCAGGGCAUCCCCAUCGACGGCAUCGGCACCCAGGGCCAUCUGCAGUCCGGCCAGGGCAACGGCCUUGCUCAGGCCAUCAAGGUCCUGGCUGCUACGCCCGGCAUCAAGGAGGUUGCUGUCACGGAGCUGGAUAUCCAGAAUAACCAUGUCAAUGACUAUGUUGCUGUUACUCGCGGCUGCCUUGAGGAGCCAAAGUGCGUUGGUAUUACGGUCUGGGGUGUUCGUGAUCAGGACUCGUGGCGCCCGGCUGGUAACCCGCUGCUGUUCGAUAGCAACUACAACCCGAAGCAGGCUUAUAACGCCAUUGUCCAGCUGCUGAAGCAGUAA